CUAAAUAUAUACACAAGCUGGUGUGUGUGAGAGACAGACAGAGAGAGAAAUUGUUUUCCCCCCUUUAGUUUCAGUUUUUAUCGGUACCAUCUCUCCUUGAUCUGAUCAUCAAACCUAGACAGAAACAGAAUUACCGCCAAAUAAACCCUAAUCUAGUUAUCUCGUUGGUAGUUAUUAGUUAUACAAUUCUUCGCGAAUCUACUCCUUCUUAGCUCCUUUUUUCGAUCUCUGGUCAAGGUUUUCAGAUUUGUCUUCGAUUCCGAAAUUAACAACCCUUACUCUAUUCUGGUCAGAUGCCCCACUGGUUUUUGUGACUUCAAUCUCAAUGGACCCCGAAAGCAAGAAGUUUGGGAAAGAUAUUCGGCUUAACUAAGAACCCCCUUAUUUGAGCCAUCAGGACCCAGGGAACUUACUGGUGCUGUGGAUCUUAUUACCCACUUCAAUUUGUCGACACACCAUGACUUCUUCUGCAAGAGACCACUUCCUUUAUCAAUCGCGGAUACGCACUAUCUUCACCAUGUGGCGGACAACGAAAUAAGGAAAGGAGAAGGAAUGGAAUUGUCUCAGCUCAUGGAGAAUGGAUCAAAUGUGAGAGAUAGACCUGUAAAGAUACGGCCUUUUGAAAUGGAAACCCUCAUUGAGGCGUUUCGCUUCAGCGAAUCAGGCCCCAUUGAUCUACCUUCUGCAGAGAAGGGAACCCCUACUAUUGCAGGGAAGUCCAAAAGCGAGUCCAAGGAUAAGGACAAGAAGCACAAGAAGCACAAGGAUAAAGAUAGGGAGAAGAGUAAGGAGCAUAAAAAGCACAAACAUCGUCACAAGGACCGGAGUAAAGAUAAAGAUUCAGAGAAGAAAAAGGACAGAAGUGGGCACCAUGAUUCUAAUGCCGAACACUCGAAGAAGCACCAUGACAAGAAGAGAAAGCAUGAAGGGAGUGAAGAUUUCACUGAAAUACAAAAACACAAGAAAAGUAAGCAUAGGAGCUCAAAGAUUGAUGAGGCAUUAUAUCUGUCGAGUCUGGUUUUAAGAGAACGAUGUAUUUUCUGUAUUUUGGUGGCAAAACUCAUUCUUGACCCCCUUUUGUUCUUGUUCAUUUCUGCAGAGUAUGAUAUAAAUCUCUCCACAAAACUUACAGUUGUAAAUGGGUUCAGAUGAUAUUAGUCGGCUGUAGAUAGGUUUUAGCUUGUUGUUUUUUCUUUGUCAAAUCUAUUGUUUUUCUUUGUUCAGUUAUGUAAAUUGUUUAAUUUGAUAUGUAAUGGACCAAGAAACUAAUUUUGGCAGUAAUAUUUACUUCAGUAGCA